CAGAAUUCUCAACAACCUUCUUUCAGCUCCAGAGGGCUUGUUCAUCUUCAAAGGAAAAUGGAGAAUGGUAUCAAAGAAGAAGGUGAACCGGGCAUUUCUUCAAUCAACAAGGUUGACCCAGGGAAACCUGCCCCACUAACAUGGCAACGACAACUGGAUAGUAAAGUAAAUCUCCCUAUAGGGUUCACUCUGAAGUUUCAAGAGAUAAGGCAUAUGGCCCUAAUGGGUUUGCGACUGUAUCGUCAUGCCAGAAGAGAAGCAGCAGAAGGACGGGCAUCAAUAUUUGACAUUUUCAGAAAACAUAUAAUUACAAGUGAUCAUGGCAUUCCUUUAGGUGGUAUUGGUGCUGGAAGCAUCGGAAGAAGUUACAGAGGCGAAUUUCAGCAAUUUAAAUUAUUUGCGAGAACAUGUGAAGAAGGCCCAGUUCUGGCAAAUCAGUUUUCUGUUUUUGUUUCACGGCCGGAUGGAAAAAAAAUUUCCACUGUAUUAUGUCCAAAGAGUCCAGAGGUUUCCGAAAGACAAAGUUCAGCUUCAGGCAUUGAAUCUUGGGAUUGGAAUCUGAAGGGCGAGAAAUGUGCAUAUCAUGCUUUGUAUCCGAGGGCCUGGACAGUCUAUGAAGGUGAACCUGAUCCAGAGCUGAGAAUUGUUUGUCGUCAACUUUCGCCUAUUAUUCCCCACAAUUACAAAGAGAGCAGUUUGCCUGUAUCAGUAUUUACAUUCACGCUAUCUAAUUCUGGACAGACACCUGCUGAUGUCACCUUGCUUUUUACAUGGGCUAACUCUGUGGGUGGAGUCUCUGCAUUAUCUGGUGAUCAUUUCAACUCAAAGAUGAUGACAAAAGACGGAGUGCAUGGAGUAACUUUACACCACAAAACAGCAAAUGGAUGUCCUCCGGUAAGUUUUGCCAUUGCAGCAAAGGAAACAGCUGAUGUAUUUGUCACCGAGUGUCCUUGCUUCGUGAUAUCCGGUGACUCUCGGGGAAUCACGGCUAAAGAUAUGUGGAAUGAGAUAAAAAAGAAUGGAUCAUUUGAGCACCUUGACUGCAAAAGAACUUCACCAUCAGAACCAGGAUCAUCCAUUGGAGCAGCCAUAGCAGCCUCUGUGAUUGUUCCUUCUGGUGCUGUCCGCACCGUCACAUUUUCAUUGGCAUGGGACAGUCCAGAAGUCAGAUUUUGUGAGAAGACAUACCACAGGCGCUAUACAAAAUUUUAUGGCACUCUAGGGGAUGCAGCCCCAAAUAUGGCACAUGACGCUAUCCUAGAACAUGCUCAAUGGGAAUCCGAGAUUGAAGCGUGGCAAAGACCAAUUAUUGCAGACAAAAGAUUUCCUGAAUGGUACCCCAUCACUCUCUUUAAUGAGCUGUAUUAUCUUAAUGCUGGAGGAACAAUUUGGACAGAUGGAUUACCCCCGCUUCAAAAUUUGGUGGCAUUUAGAGAGAGAAAAUUUGCUCUUGAUAAAACCAGGUCAGAUUUGAAUACUCCAAUUGAUGAUGCCAACGCAAAUGACACUGCUGUUGAAGUCCUUAAACGGAUGACAUCGACACUAGAUAACAUACAUACUCCUGCAGUGUCAAAUGCUGCCUUAGGAACACGAUUACUCCAGAAUGAAGAAGAAAGCAUUGGUCAAUUCCUCUAUCUUGAAGGAAGUGAAUACCUCAUGUGGAAUACCUAUGAUGUUCAUUUCUAUUCAUCUUUUGCAAUACUCAUGCUAUUCCCUAAACUUGAACUCAGCAUCCAAAGAGAUUUUGCAGCCGCGGUAAUGUUACAUGAUCCUGAUAGGAUGCAAAUUAUGAGUGAUGGAAAAUGGGUUCCAAGAAAAGUUCUUGGCUCUGUGCCCCAUGAUAUUGGGCUCAAUGACCCCUGGUUUGAAGUAAAUGCUUAUAAUCUCUUCAAUACUGAUCGUUGGAAAGACUUGAAUACGAAAUUUGUUCUCCAGAUAUAUCGCGAUGUAGUUGCCACUGGUGAUAAAAAUUUUGCGCGAGCUGUUUGGCCCUCCGUUUAUGUUGCAAUGGCUUUUAUGGAUCAGUUUGAUAAGGAUGGAGAUGGAAUGAUUGAGAAUGAGGGAUUCCCUGAUCAGACUUAUGACGCAUGGUCUGUUAGGGGCAUUAGCGCAUAUUGUGGUGGCCUGUGGGUGGCUGCUCUCCAGGCUGCUUCAGCCUUGGCACAUGUAGUUGAUGACCAUGAAUGUGCUAACUACUUCUGGGUGAAAUAUCAGAAGGCUAAAGCUGUAUAUGGCACUUUAUGGAAUGGUUCCUACUUCAAUUACGACAACAGUAAUGGUAGUUCAAGUGCAGCUAUUCAUGCUGAUCAAUUGGCUGGACAAUGGUAUGCUAGAGCAUGUGGUCUUGCUCCAAUAGCUGAUGAAGAUAAAGUGAAGAAUGCACUCGAGAAAAUUCACAAAUUUAAUGUCUUAAAGGUGAAAGACGGAAAGCGUGGGGCAGUGAACGGUAUGUUUGCAGAUGGAAGAGUCGAUAUGUCAGCUAUGCAAUCAAGGGAAAUAUGGAGUGGAGUUACAUAUGCGCUUGCUGCUACUAUGAUUCAAGAGAGCAUGCCGGAUAAGGCGUUUGAGACAGCCGCUGGCAUCUAUGAAGCUGCCUGGUCCCAACAAGGCUUAGGUUAUGGUUUUCAGACUCCAGAAGCCUGGAACACUGAUGACGAGUUUCGAUCUCUUUGUUACAUGAGACCAUUGGCCAUCUGGGCAAUGCAAUGGGCAUUGACAAAGCCAAAGCUCUUUAUGGAUGAGAUAAACAUUGAAAGCAGUGAUGAAGAGUCUUCAUAUAUCAAGCAACAUGCAGCAUUUUCAAAAGUUGCUAACCUGCUAAAGUUGCCAAAGGAAGAACCUCCUAAAAGCUUGCUACAACUUCUUUAUGAUUUCACGUGCAAGAGAGUUCUGUGGUAACUAAUUCUUACAUCCUGCAGAUAAAUUUUGGCGAUUUUUCUCGUUAACGAAAGGAUUAAUGUUUGAUGAGCAUUAUUGGAACUUACAUGCUAUUGCUACUUCAAUUGUAUGUAAAAACAAUUCCAUUCAAAAUACAUUGAUCAAAUGGAAAGAAGCUUCCAAAUGGAUACUGUCAUUGAAAUAACAGUUGCUUCAGAAUCCAAAUAACUGCUUGUACAAGAGUUUUUGAGUAUAAUUAAUAUCUUCAAUUCUUCA